UCUGCAGCAGAGUGCAGCGACAUGGAGAGUCCCCCGCUUUGUCAAUUUCCCAUCUGAAGUCUGACUCUAUUCUUCAGGUGAACUUCCUUGAGACGUCAUGACGAGACUAUAUACACCUACAGCUCAAGUUGAUGAGCGUGUCAAUACGAUGGAACCCGAUCAAUUGGAAUCAUAGUGAUCGUGCUUUUAUUGUACUGACCAGCUUUCUGCUUACAUUUGCACUCUUCUCCAACUUCAUACGAGAUCGAUUGCACUUGGCCGAGCCGCCACUUGCUACGCUGUGGGGUAUCUUGACAGGGCCUCGAUGCCUGCAUGCAAUUGACCCAAAGCACUGGUUUGAUGUCGAUGACUUGAGUGAGGAGCUUGCGCGGAUUGUUGUUGGCUUACAAGUGUUCAAUGUCGGUAUCGAGCUUCCAAAUCAUUGGUUUGGGCGAAACUACAAGAGCCUCUUCAUGAUGCUCGGGCCUGUCAUGCUGUGUUCUUAUGCUACGACGGCGCUCUUGGUCUACUUCGUGCUCGGCACAACAUUCGAGACGGCGUUUAUCAUUGGCGCGUGUCUUGCACCAACAGAUCCAGUCUUAGCCGCUUCAGUGCUUGGCAACUCGCAUUUCAGCAAACGCGUACCACAGCACAUCAAGGACUUGCUUGGUGCAGAAAGCGGCGCGAAUGAUGGUGUUUCUUAUCCAUUUCUGUACUUACCAGCCCUGUUGCUCCUGAAGGCGACAGCGGGUCAAGCGGUCAAAGAAUGGAUUCUCGUCACAAUUCUCUACAAGUGCGGACUUGGCCUGCUUGUAGGUGGCGUCAUUGGCUUGAGCAGUAAUAGGCUCCUUCGCUAUUGCCUUGAGCGAGAAUUGAUGCGCCCGGAAGCAUUUCUCAGUUACUCAUUGCUGCUCGCUCUUUUCUCAACUGGAGCAGGCACGAUGCUCGGCAUGGACGAUUUUCUCUGUGCUUUCGGUGCAGGCAUUGGCUUCUCCUUUGAUGGAUUCUUCAAGAAGCACACGGAGCAAUCUCACUUGCCUACGGUCAUCGACCUUGUUCUCAAUUCGAGCUUCUUCCUCUACUUUGGUGCCAUCAUUCCCUGGCACCAGUUUGACGACCAUGGUCUCACAGUUGUGAAGCUGGUUGUGCUGCUCAUCCUCAUUCUCGUUCUCAGGCGUAUUCCGGGUAUGCUCCUGGCUUACAAGUGGGUACCAGAGAUCAGAAGCCUUAGGGAAGCGCUCUUUGUUGGCCACAUGGGUCCAAUGGGCGUUGGCGCUAUCUUCCUGGCCGCCUCCAUUACACGAGAACUAGGCGCCGACUUCAAAGAGACUGGCAAAAGACAUGCAAUGAAGGAAGCCAUCCAAUUGGUGAAUCCAGUUGUGUCCUUUGUUGUCUUCGGAUCUAUCAUGGUUCAUGGACUUUCAGUUGGCUUCAUCUCCUUCUAUGGUCACUUGUCGCGCGAUGUAGAGGAUCAAGCGGACAUGCCUGGUGCAGAGCGAGGACUACUGGAAGGUUUCUCCAAUAGUGAUUACGGGUCAGUGAAUAGUUUGGAAGCGUAGGUACAAAGGCACAGAAGCAUCAAGUUGGUCAG